AGAGAGAGAGAGAGAGAGAGAGAGAGAGAGAGAGAGAGAGAGUGAGAGUGUGAUGUGCGCAGUCACAAGAUAGGCUGUCUAGCAUUAGAUAGCGCUGUCAGAAUUCCAGAGGUGUGUAUAUGAGCUGAAGUGAUCUGCACUAGUACAAAGAACUUGGAGUUAAGUUUCGUUUUUGCACAAGCCUCACAACGGACAAAAUGGACGAGAGUCAGUUCUCUCUGAUGAGUCUGGAGGACGAGUUGACCUGCAGUAUCUGUCUGAGCACCUUUGACAGUCCGGUGACCAUCCCCUGUGGACACAACUUCUGCCAGGAUUGCCUCAUCGCCUCCUGGGAGGACACCUACUACAGCUGUCCUCAAUGUCGGACCCAUUUCGACAUCAAACCGGAACUGAAGAAAAACACGGUCCUCAGCACCGUCGUGGAAACCUUCAGAGCCAGCUCGAGCCAGAGCGAGGUCGGCCUGUCCGAAGAGGAGGAGGAAGAGGAGGAAGACGAGGAUGAGGAGGAGGGGGAGGACAGCCCCGAAGAAGAUGAAGUCCUACGCUGUGAUACAUGUAUGGAAGCAGAAGCGUCCAAGACCUGUCUCACCUGCAUGGCAUCUUUCUGUGAGGAACACCUGCGGCCGCAUCUGGAAAAUCCAAAGUUAAGUCUCCACCAGCUGAGCGAGCCUCUCCACGACCUGAUGGAGCGUAUCUGCAAAGACCACCACAAGAUGAUGGAGUUCUACUGCACCCAACAUGACCGCCUGAUCUGCAGCGUCUGCCUCCAAGUACACAAAGAUUGCAACUACAUAUCUCCUGAGGAGCAGAGGAACCUGAAAGAGUCUGACCUGAGAAACAAGUUGAGCCUGCUGGAUGGGAAGAUCGAGAAGACCGACAAAACUAUAUUUCAAAUAAACAACAUGCAGGGCAAACUGAAGGAAGCGGCCACCAAUAGGAAGACAGCAUUGGCAGCCGUGUACCAGGCGAUGCGGGACAUGUUGACCCAAGAGGAGCGCGAGGCCCAGCAUGCGGUGGACCGCGAGCUGGAGAUCGGUUUGACCAAACACAGGGACUUCCUGAAGAAGUUCACUGAGAACACUGAGAUUAUGAGAAAAGCCAAAGAUGAUAUCAACAGUCUGCUGAGUCAGUCUGAAACCCUGCCCUUUCUACAGGAUACUUUUGACUUACCUCGGGUCGUAAAUUGUGAACCUCACAUACCUCGAAUCAACCUGGACACCAAGAAGGUGAUAGCGACACAGACCUUUGCUUCUGGCCUUAAGGGACAUCUGAGCAAGCUCUUUAAACAGCCUGUUGAGGACAGACUACCACUAGUUAAAACAGGGGAACAAGCAGCUUCUGUCUCAGAAGGUGCAAGUAAUGAACCAGAGCGGGAAUCUGAAACGCCAGAGCCUCCACCACAGAGAAAUCCUCCCAGGUCCCAUAGUCCAGGUCGUCCACCCAUCCAGCCAUACUUCCACCCAGCACCUGGUUUUCCUUUUAUGGGGUCUCACCCAGGCUGGAAUCCACCCCAGCAUUCAAUGGCUGGGCCACACAGCGGCUUCUUUAUGGCUCCUCCUCGCUUUAUGGGAGGCCACAGACCAAGACCAGACAAAAAGCCUCACAAUGCUCCAGGUGGAAAUAAACCAGGUACUACAGGUGGAGGUAAACCAAGUAAUCCAGGUGGAGGUAAACCAAGUAAUCCAGGUGGAGGUAAGCCAAGUCAUCCAGGUGGAAAGAAACCACAUGACAACCCCAAAAGCCACUCUCCUUCAGACAAAUCAACUAAACAGCAUCAACGGCCUCACAAAAAGAACUGAAUGCAGCAGCAUGUGUGUUUAUCUCCAGUUCUUAUACAAAUUGGAACAAUGCACCGUGAGACUUAUGCAUGAUACAAAUGGAAGUUAACAGUUAGUCACAUAAUAGGAAAUGACACAGUUCUAUUGCUUAAUAAAUGUGUACACACAUACAUACAGUUUUUGGUGCUCUUACUAUUUUAAUAGUUUUUUCAGCCCAAAAAUACUCAAGUGUAAAUGAAAAGUAGAAGCGAUUCUGGAUUAAUUAAAUACCAAUUUGGCUGAUAAAUUCUCACAUUAGUUUAGAAAACUGGUAUUUAUAGGGUUUGUGUUGUGAGGUAUUUCAGUUUGUGAAGUGAUCAUUGCUUACCAUUCUAUAAUCAGCAUCCAAUGCAUCUCGAUGCUAAUGUUAAGCGUGAUUAUGUGCAUCUGUACCUUUUUUUAAAUAACAUGCAAUAUUAAUUUUGCAUAAUAUUAAUAUUUGUCUUUAAUGAACAGUGGUGAUUGUAUUGACUGGUUGUGUUGUUUAUGUCCUGAUCUGAUCUUCAACUGUAAUAAAAUUGUAUUUUUCAAAUGGUUUUCUAAUGUUAAGCUCUGAGUUUUUAUUUAAUUUGAUGGUCUGAUUUUUCUUGUUGGUGAAUCUGUAUUAUGUAAAACUUUGAAAUUUGAUUAUAUCCAGGAGCUUAGCCGCUGUGAUGUCUGACUGUCACAGCAGCAGUUUUGCCCUCAAGUUUCUUCAAGUAUUUAAAAUUAAACUGAAUAAAAACACAGACACAUGGUUUAUAUAUGAAAAUAUUUAUGGGAAUGUCUUCAAAUUCAAAAGACCACUUCAUUACAUUCAGUUCAAUCAAAAAUCAGCUUUUGACACUCGUAGUAGCAAAUUCACCACACCCUCUUCACUACCAUUUUUGUAAACAGCUGUGUUACAUGAUUGUUACCAAUAAAAACUCAUUUUGUUCCCGA